AUGGAGAAUAAAAGACCAAGGAAGGAAGGAAUCUGGAAUAAACUCCAGCUUCGGCCCAGCUUCAGCUACCUAGAAAAUUGUCAUCGUCUGGAUAUUUCCUCGUUUGUUUCGUUUACUGGCUGGGAAUCAACCGCGCGCAAGCCAGCUGGAUACUAUAUUGGGCCUUAUCAAAGGAUAAGAGCAUUUGCUGUUCAAUGCAUUCAGCCUUCAUCAGCUAGGAGUCUACUCUGUCGGCCAGGCCAUUGGGAAGGUCGGACCGCCGAUCGCAUAGAAGCAAUCCUUUUUGUUUGUUGGUUCUUCACUGUCUCCAAUAUUCAACUCCUCGUUUCGCUAGGGCCCCUACAUACCGGCGCGGUGAAUUCGGUGAAUCCGGCCGGAAACGCCUGA